UUCGUACGUCCUUUAGUUCAAGUUGAUCAGUCGGUCAGUCCAGUCGAGUAUCGGGUUGUAUGAAUAGGAUUCAAACAAAUUGGCUUAGUAGACAUUACUGCUUUUAAUUGAUAGAAGAAACGUUGUGUCUCUGUGAAAACCUGACUUACUUAAAACUGGUUAGUUUCUAUUACUGAUGCACUUGUGAUGGCAUGAGGGAUAUUUUGGUUCUCGGUUUUAUCACAAUGGCAAGAAGUGUGAAGUGUCUUACGAUUAUUGUGGGUAUUAUCAUCUUUGGAAGAUUUGGUCUGGCUACAUCAUUAAAAGACGGAAAUAGUGAGCUUCCAAGCAUAGGCGAUGGUCAAGAUGUCGCACUUAACUCACCUAUAAUCGAGUGGCCCACCGAUGAGGUAGUACUAGAGUUUGGAAAAACUUGGAAUGUUACAUGCAUCUGUAAUCAUCCCAUCGUAUGGAAGCCAUUCGAUAGCGAAUACAACUGGGAUCCUCCAAACAUCAAUAUUUCAAUCCAUAAUACAACGAAUAUCAAAAUGCCUUAUGGAGCCACGCUUACCAUAAUGAACGCAUCUGCAUUGAUGGUUGGCCGUUACUAUUGUGUACAUUCUCAGAAACAACAGGAAGAUCUAGACGAAAUGAUUGCUGAAAACGUGGCCAGCAGCAUCAAUGUGUAUGUUGAAGAUCCUUAUCAAUUCGUGGUACCGCUUCCAGUUAGAUAUUACUAUAGAAACAACAAAUUGGUUAUUCUCUGCAAACCGGCGCAUCCUGAAGUGGAGGUGAAAUUGUGUGAAAAAUUCUAUAAGAGCUGUAAAUCUUCUAUAGAUCCAACAAAAGGGUUUCUCGUUCUAGAAACAACUUAUAUUCGUUUAGAAGAUUAUUAUUGUAAAGUGAAUUCCACGAAUUAUACUCAUAUUCUUCCCCUAUCGCACAGACGAGAAAAAAUUAAAAAACCUACCAUCAAAAGCAAUGUUGGAGAUCAUGUGCCCCUUGGGAGAACCGUUCGUCUGACUUGCAGUUUCGAGGACUAUGGUAAAAGAAAUAUUGUAAUAUCGUGGAAAACGCUUCCAAGCCAUCAUCUUGUCGAGACAGACAAAACGAUCUCUAUAGGAAAACAAACUAGAAUCCCUUUGUACUCUGCACUCGUCACACGGGAUCUCAUAAUUGAAAAUGCUACGAUCGCACAUAAAAGAACCUAUAGAUGCGAAGUGUUUGAUGGUGAAAAUAACACAUACUAUCACAAUUUUAAGCUGCAAGUUCGUGAAUCAGCUGAUGACUUCGUUCUAUUGAGCACAACACACAACCGCUCGACAAUCAAUCGAUGGCCAGACAAGAAUGGAGAAAUUAUGCCGAUUGAAAUUUUCAUCAAGUAUAAAGCUUAUCCCUCCAACAUAGCCUAUGGAUGGUUCAAAGACUACACAGGUCAAAUAGACGUGAAUGAUGUAGCCAUGUAUAAACAGGAAAAAACUGAUUAUUAUAUCAAACUGACAAUCCUUCAACCGAAAGCGUACGAUACAGACAUUUACACAGCUGUAGCUCAAGCAGGUACUGCGAAAGCGAUGUACAACAUGUCCGUUUUCGUUUAUGAUAAGCCCUAUGUGGAAAUGAAUCAUAUAAAAGCCUCUGAAGGAGAUUUUGUUACAUUCCAUUGUGCGAUCGUGGCUUAUCCUUCACCGACAGUUAGUUUCAGGUUCCAGCCAUGUAAGGAGGUACCUCUGGGAAACUGUUCGAAUUUAAAUACUACAGAAGCAGAGUGGCAUAUAACAGCAACAGAGGACAUAGCCAGCAUUUUCUGGACAGCGGCAACGUUCGAACUGCGUGCCUGUGGACCUGGAAUCGUGUAUUGCAAGGCUAACAAUUCCGAGGGAAAUACAAUGAUACAGUCCUAUUUAUUGAUUGAAAACAUUUCAGAAUUUAUGAUGCUGGAAGUCGUCGAACCUAAAGGUACGAUUACUGUUGGCGAUGAUGUAUCUUUUGUCUGCUCGGUAUUUGUCUUCGUAGACACCGUGGAAAUGUCAUUCGAGCAAAAUGGAACGAAUUUUCAAGGAAUCGUCAUACAAAACGAUUCGAAGAUGCACAAAACACAACUCACUUUGUUCAACGUUGGCCUAAAUCACACGGGAGAUAUAUUCUGUAAUGUGACCACAACAACAAGUGACGAUUACAACAACAAAGGACCAAACGAUGCAAGAUUCGUUCACAUGGAAGUGAUAGAACCUAUUGCUCCUUACUUGAGUUCAGGAGAUAUCAAUCAAACUCUGAUCGUGGACGCACUUAAACCCAUUAUACUCGAGUGUGAUGUUAGUGGAACACCUGAACCUAAGAUAAACUGGUUCAAAGAGGGAGAGCCAUUUGUCCAGAAUAAGAGCAAUUCAACAUUAACUUCUCUAAGAAUUGAAUAUGCAAUUCCAACGAACUCUGGAUUGUAUGAAUGCAUUGCUGCAAAUAAAAAGGGAAAUAUUACGUUAACCAGGAACGUCAUCGUACGAAUGCCAGGAAGCAAAUAAAAUCUGCCGACGACACUGGGUCUAUUAAUUCGACAGUAAUGUUACUGUUAAACAAUGCAAACCAUUCUAGGGGCAAAUAAGGGAGGAAAGGGGCAAAGUAUAGCAGAAAGAUUAAAAAAAUAUGCAAAUUGUAAUGACAAAGAGAGGUCAACUAGGCCUCUUGGGAUGCCUGAAAAGGAACAUGUACGGGAAGCCUGGUUCUCGGUAGAAUAAACACAUCUUCUUCAAUAGAAAAAACAAAGAGAGGUUUGAAUUAGCGCAUAGUA